CCUGAAUCAGCUCAAGCAGUUCCCAUUUUUCAUGCUCUAAACAACAGCAUGAUUGUAAUUCUGCAGAUAUAUCUGUUAUUGACUCAAUCUGGAGCCUUAAGACUCUGUCUGUCCAAGGAUGAGUUCACAUUUCAGGGACUGAAUCUGUGAAGAAACUUUAGGAUAAUAAGUAAAACUUUGUUUAUUAAGAGGUAAAGUGAAAAUGGGAGACGAAAAUGGAGAUCUAAGGGAAUAUCAACCUUUGCUUAAAGAGGAGAAAGAACCAAUACGACAAAUAAAGGUUCCAAGUAAAUCUCUCCUUUUUGCCGUCUGGGCUGCAUGCAUUGGUGGUACGUUUCAAUACGGCUACAAUGUAUCUGUCAUAAAUGCACCUACCAAGGCUGUGCAAAACUUCAUCAAUCAGACAUGGAUUGAACGCUACGGUACAGAAAUAUCUUCGCAGGUCCUCACUCUCCUCUGGUCCACCAUAGUGUCCAUAUUCACACUUGGUGGGCUUGUGGGAGCAUCGGUGGGAGGAAUGCUGGCUAUAAGAUUUGGAAGGAAAGGGACGCUUUUGUUCAACAACACUUUUUCACUUUUGGGUGCCUUAUUUAUGGCUUUGAGUUACGCCACCAGCACGUUUGAACUUCUGAUCAUUGGCCGCUUUAUAACCGGAGUAAAUGCAGGUAUAGGGAUCUGCGUGCAGCCUCUAUAUCUCGGAGAGAUUGCACCCAGGGCUUUACGUGGUGCCAUGGCGAUGGGAACGUCCAUCUUUAUCACCGGUGGAAUCUUGACCGGACAAGUGAUUGGCCUCACUGAGUUGUUAGGUAAAGAGAAGUACUGGCCCAUCCUUCUCUCAACAACUUGUAUUCCAGCCUUUAUGCAGUUGUUGAUUCUGCCCUGGUUCCCCGAGAGCCCUCGGUACCUGCUCAUCGAUCGUGGAGAUGACUUAGCCUGCAGAAAGGCUCUAAUAUGGCUUCACGGAGCAGAUAAGUACCACGGCGAGCGCGAAGAUAUGGAGAAAGAGAGGAUCAGUGCGGUCGGGAUUAAACCCAAGAAGCCCUGGGAGCUUUUUACUGACGGCAGCCUGCGCUGGCAACUACUGACUGUCAUGCUGCUAAACGCUGCCCAACAGCUCAAUGGCAUCAAUGCUAUUUAUUUCUACGCAAGCUAUGUCUUUACCCAAGCUGGUAUUCCCGCAGACAAGAUUCCUUACGCUGCAGUGGGAACCGGAGCAUGUGAGUGUAUCACUGCACUGACCUGUGGUCUUCUGAUUGAGUCUUUAGGAAGGAGAGCUCUGAUUAUUGGUGGAUACGCUCUCAUGAGUCUGUGGUGUGUUUGUUUCACCAUCUCACUCACUUUCCAGGAGUCCAGCCCAUGGGUUCCCUACAUAAGUAUGGUCUGUGUCUUUGCAUUUAUUCUAAGUUUUGGCCUUGGACCAGGUGGUGUGACAAACAUUUUGACAACAGAGAUGUUUACACAAACGGCACGGCCCGCUGCCUACAUGAUCGGGGGCUCUGUCAACUGGACAUCUUUUUUCAUCAUUGGCAUUAUCUUUCCAUUUAUAGUGAAUGGCCUGCAGCAGUAUUGCUUUCUUGUUUUUCUGGUCGUAUGUUGCUUAGUGGCCACAUAUAUCUUCUUCGUAGUUCCUGAAACCAAGAACAAAACCUUUUUGGAAAUUCAUGGCGAGUUUCAGUCGCGAGAGAGAAAGAAACUCAUUGCUGCCAAUGGGAGUGCCGAAGGACCUUUACUGUCCUCAUCAAUAUAAAUCACAUUACAUACAGUAUGUGCCAAAUAACUGAUCAGAAGAUAUCUGAAAUAAUGCUGAUUAUGGUGCUAGUCUUUCAGUGAGAUACGAUGUACCCUAACUUUAUGUUUUUCUUUGCUAUUGCAUUGUAAUGUGACUGCAUGGUCAUUUAUACACACAGUUUCUGAUACAUCAUGUGCCCUCAUAAUGAAUGCCUACCUUUAUAUAGCAAACAUUCACAUGAUGGGUCUGUCUCAGAAAAAAUAAUAUAGGUUCAUUAAAACAAACUAUGCAGCGAUAGUAUAAGGGUGAUUCUCACGAAAACUUGGUUUUAAAAAUGUCAAGCAUGAAAAUGUAAAAAUUGCUUAAAUUUACUUUUUUCCCACCAGACAUUGAAAAACAAAGUCUGGAUUAAAUGGGAACAUUAAUUUAAAAACUUUUACUUAUCAUUUAACACUUUUUGUAACAUAAUUUAAAAAAUUAGUCCUAAAGAAUCUCAUUACCGCAACAGUCAGAAAACAUCAACACUGACAUAUUUUCAAAAUGACAUGACAAACCUGAAAGAACAUAAUUUGGAGAUUCUGCACAUGCAUUUAAAAUCUAAGUAUUAUGCUUCUAUUAAUUAAAUUAACAUUUAAUAAGCAUCUGUUGCGGUAAUGAUAAUCAAAAUGUCGUGUAAGCAUUCUGACAAGACAAUAUUUCAAAUUAACGGUAAAAAAAUGAUCUUACCUGGUAGCCAUCUUGAAGUAACUGGUCCAUGUGCUUGGUCACUCAAAAUCAAACUUUAUUAAAAUUCUGUAUUUGUGCUUAAACUGUUCUCAAAAAGUGUUGUGGAGGAUGAGAACAUCAGGCAUGGACACAUCAUUUUCCUAAUUUUUCUGCAUUAUUAUUAUACAUGAAUAUUCAGUAAAUAUUUUUUCUGUCAUCUAAAGUAGUCUAGCAAAACAUCCAUUUAUUUUUUUUCUUAAUAUUUUUGUGUUAAUUUGAUUAAAUUACAACAUAACGCAUGUUCAAACACAGCCGGACACAUUGCGGUAAUGAGAAUUUCAGCAGAAAAUGAG